AUGGCUGAUGCAGACCGUUGCGGAGGAGGAGGAGGAGGAGGACGACGACGACAAGGAAGAAGCUGGUUUGUUUACUUGCAGCCUGAUCCGCCGCCGCCGCCGCCAGCAGCGACAGCAUCAGAGGAUCAGCCAAAGCCAGCAUCUUCCCGCCGUCUUUUCCAGCGCGCCGGCGGCGCGGGGCGGGGCGAGGCUGGAGGGGGGGGGAAGGAGACCCCGGGGACGCCUGUGCAUCCUCGCCUUCACCCCGCCACGCGCGCGCAGACAAGCCCGGGCGCCCGCAGACAUCCCCUCCCCCCAACCCAAACACCGACUCGGCACUGGGCGCCCACGUUACAUAACCUCGUCGCCGCGCCCCCCCGCUCCACGGCCCGGGAGCGCGUCCCCCUGGCCCACGCCACGCGGCCCGCCGGGGAGGGGCCGAGGGGAAGCGGCGCGAGUGGCGCAGACACGGGAAAGCUCCUCCCGGCCCAGCCCAAGACACACCGGAGACCGCUAGGCCGGGAACAUCCCCCCCUCCCCGGGACCGCCGGCUCAUCGCCGUCCCACCCCAACACCCCCCCCCAUGUCUCUCCCCGGAAAGUGAACUGCACGUCGGUGUCAUCCCCAACCGGGCAUCCCCCGGCCUCCACACCCACACCCAAAGCAAACCUACGGACCACCCGGCCCCCGCCCACGCCCCCCGGCGGCGCGGUGACAACCCAGACGUCUCCCCCCCCCCCCCCCCGCCAACACCCACCCACCCACCGGGCCGCCACCCUCGCCCGAGGGAGGGAGAGGAGCAAGAAGCACCCGGGUCUCCCCCCACCCAGCCACCCACCUACCCAGCCCACGCCCCGGCCCGGAGGGAGCGGAGGCGAGGCGAGGAUGGGGCGACAGUGGGGGGCGGUGGCUGUUACCUGCAAAGGCGGCGGCGGCGGCGGCGGCGGCCCCGCAGCUGCUCGGGCGGUGGCGGAGGAUGGAGCUGGGGGGGGCGGGGGGAGGAGAGGGGGCGACUCGGGGGUCCCCCCUCCCUCCUCCUCCCCUCCUGUCCUCCCCCCACCCCGCAGAGCCUCGGGCCCCCUGGAACCCGCCUUCCUGUUACCUGCUAUGUGUAAUGUGCAUAUUAAAGGAUUUUACUUAAGAUUAGAGCAGAAUAAAGACUUUGUAAAUUCUGUGAUCAUGACUAUCAAGCAAAACCAAGAGCACUUGCUUGAAUUAUGGGAUUUUGAGAGCUACGGAGCUGCUUUUGGCCCAGAUGGGCUGGAUUCAAGUAGCUACGGCUCUCAAUUUUGUUUUACUUGCCAAAGAAGAUCUAAGGAAUGUGGGCAAGGAGGUUCUGCUACCUUACAUCCUAAUUCUCUCCUCACCUGGGACAUGUACCAUUGCCCGCCCUCUGGACAUCAGAGCGGCUGCUUUGCGCGGUUUCAGGCACCUGCACUUAUACAGUCUCCCAAUCCCCAGGUGCUAGUUCUCCCCUUACCAGGCCUUCAGACCUGA